CGGGAACGCCGAGGUGCGCCUGCGCGGCGCCGGAUCCUGGCGGGCGCUUUGAAUUUCGCUCUCUGAGUCGCGUCUCGCGAUCUUGGGCUUCUGGCCGAGAGGAGACUCAAGGGCUCGGCGGCUCGGAAACCCGCAGCGAGUGGGCGCUUUGCUCCCGGACCCUCGCGAGAGGCUUAAAGGAUGGCCUCCUCAGACCUGGAACAGUUAUGCUCUCAUAUUAAUGAAAAAAUUGGCAAUAUUAAAAGAAUGCUGUCAUUAAGAAACUGUGGUCAGGAACCUACCUUGAAGACUACAUUAGAUAAAAUAGGAGAUGAGAUCAUUGUAGUAAAUGAACUUCUAAAUAAAUUGGAAUUGGAAAUUCAGUAUCAAGAACAAACCAACCAUUCACUCAAGGAACUCUGUGCAUCUCUCGAAGAGGAUUAUAAAGAUGUGGAACAUCUCAAAGAAAACAUUCCUCCCCAUUUGCCUCAAGUAACAGUAACCCAGAACUUUGUUAAUGUGCCAGAUGUUGACCCUGGAGAACCAGUCAAAGUUGAGGAACCUGCACCCACAAAGAAGCACCCAAAAGAACAAAGAAGUAUUAAAGAAAUGUCAUUUAUAACUUCCGAUGAGUUUAAUGGCAUUCCAGCGUACAUGAAAUCCCGCUUAACUUAUUGUCAAAUUAAUGAUGUUAUUAAAGAAAUCAACAAGGCAAUAGUUAGUAAAUACAAGAUCCUAUAUCAGCCGAAGAAGUCUAUGAGUUCUGUGGCCAGAAAUCUCUAUCACAGAUUUAUUGAUGAAGAAACAAAGGAUACCAAAGGUCAUUAUUUUAUAGUGGAAGCGGACAUAAAGGAGUUCACAACUUUGAAAGCUGACAAGCGGUUUCAUGUAAUACUGAAUAUCUUACGACACUGCCGGAGGCUCUCCGAGGUCCGAGGGGGAGGCCUUACCCGAUACGUUAUAACCUGAAGUCCUCCUGAGCUCUAGAACUGGCCAAGAGUCGGGUAUAGAGGCCACUCCUAUAGUUUCCUUAUAUGUAAUUUCUUUAUAUAUAACUCUUUGCUUUUCUUAUUUUCUUUUCUGCUUGACUAUAAAAAUGAAACUUUUUAGUAAAUAAAGCAUAUGUAUUUUAAAAUUCA